CUACGCAAGGUCUUUCAAGCAAAUACGGACUCCUACAAUGUAGUCUUCAACCGUAUUGAACCAGUUAUCUCUACAAAGGAAAUUAAACUUCGCGUUAAAGAAUGGCACAACAAGAUAGCUCUACGGAUGGAACUCUAUGGCUGUGAAGUGGAUGCAAGCACUUGCCGACAGCGUAACCUGGGAAUGGAGAACAAUGCCAUCAAAGAUGAUCAAAUUCAUAGUCCCAGUUCAAAUAAUCUUGCAAAGUAUGCUCGUCUGAACUUGGACUUAAGAUCGCCUAUUGUUAAAAGCUGCUGGACAACAUCUGAUCCGAGCCCGUGGCUUCAGGUCGACUUAAAAUCGUCAUAUUACAUUACUGCAGUUUUAACACAGGGCUGUGGAUUUGACUAUACACGCGAAUGGGUCAAGAAAUAUAAAAUAAGUUAUGGAAAUUACCCAAGCGAAAUGGUUGACUACAAAGUUAAUGGCACAGUUAAG